AUGAAGGAGAGACGCCGCGCACUUCGUCGCCGAGACCUCUCCAUCGAUCCAAGUACCAAGGAAACCACCUACAAAAUUCACGCUUCAGCCCCUAAAUACGACUUCUUGAAGAACUUCACCAACAUCCUUACUCCCGAAACUAGUAACGGGCCAUACUUCUACCCUCAAAGCCAGACCCUACGCCAGGAUAUCCGUGAAGACCGACCCGGUGUGCCUUUGUCCUUGGAGAUUGGUAUAAUUGACACUGACACAUGCAAGCCAUUGGAGAAUGUCCUGGUCGAUAUCUGGCACUGCAACGCUACCGGUUCCUAUAGCUCCUUUACUGGCCUUUCGCCCGACACACCUUUCUUGGAACUAUAUGCAAACAAAACUGAUGGAAAGCCUAUCGAUAUCCACGAUGGACUCCCCGAUCUUAGCUGGCUCAAAACAGAUAAUUCGACCUGGCUCCGGGGCAUGUGGCCUACCGACAAGCAUGGUGUCACAUCAUUCACCACUAUCUUCCCUGGAUUCUAUAUGGAACGUGCCAUCCACAUCCAUGCGCAGGUCCACACCAACUGGACUGUAGGAUCGAACGGUACUAUCAUCCAUGGACCGAUUGUGAGCACUGGCCAGAUCUUUAUAGAUGAGGCACUUGAGAAACAGAUCAUGGCCCUCGAGCCUUAUGUUAACCACACUGAAAUCGAGCGUGUCAAGAACGAUGCCGACGGAAUAUACGCCACAGAGUCGAACACUGGAGCAAUGACUAUUCUUGAUACUGAGCCUCUGGAUGGCGUCAAUUAUGAAAACGGUGUUUUCGGAUACAUCACCUUGGGAAUUCAAACCUCGCAGAUCCGGAAUGGGUCUACCAUCGAUGCCCAACCUAUCGUCAACUAA